GGGUUGUGUGUGCUUCAGCAAAAGUCUCCCAAAAUUGUCACAGUCCACUUUCAGUCUCAGAAACCAGUUGGCUUUGCAUUUCACCUUUAAUUACAACCAACCAUGAGCAACAAACGAAUGAAGGGUACGGUCGCUACUCGCGCAUUGUACUAUGGCAACACAGCGUACCCGAUUCUAGGGAAAAAGGCCAACGAUAGUGAUCACACGCAUAAAUGGACCGUUCUGGUGCGAGGAGUCAACAAUGAAGACAUCAGCUUCUGGAUCAAGAAAGUUAGCUUUCGGUUACAUGAAACAUACCCUAAUCCACAACGAACGAUCGAACAGCCGCCGUUUGAAGUAAGCGAGACAGGAUGGGGAGAAUUUGAGAUAGCAAUCAAAAUAUACUUUCACGCAGCUUCUGGAGAAAAGCCAGUGACACUCUAUCACCAUUUACGACUACAUCCAUAUGAAGAUGAUGGUACAGGACAACCAUGGCCCAAAGAGAAGCCUGUAACAAGCUUUAAUUACGACGAAAUUGUCUUUAAUGAACCAACCGAAGCAUUCUAUCAAGUUUUAGCAGAAAACAACGCUCUAACCUUUCAAUUACCAACCAAGAAAUCAACCAAGGAACCGGCUGUGCCGUUUACAACCAUGGUGGAGCAAGAAGAAUUAGAUCGUCUAGAUAAGGCAUUAAGAGAAGUCAAUCGACAAGUGCAAAGAGAACGACAGAGAGCCGAAGCUAUAACAGAAGAGUCGGCCAUGUAUAAAUAAACGGUUACUUUUCCAAUAAAAAUUAUUUCAGGGCCAAUUUAAUCAUCACCGGUGGUUGGGAAACCUGGGGUAUUUUGUUUCAUACUUCCUAUCGUUCUCUAUUAACAUGGUCAAUGCAUUGGCCGAGGAAGCAUCAGCUAGUACUGCUGUUCCCUCUACGUCCAAUGGCGACAUUUCACUUCCUCCCACCAUGGACAUUGAGAACCGGCAAUCACAAACCAGCAGUCCAGUAGCUUCAAAGGCAAAACCGACUCAACCUACCACAGCGUCUGCGGCAGAAAUCGCUAAUCCAGAUCAUCCUCAUCAUCGACACCAUCGAACUAUAAACGACUUUGAGUUAAUGGGAACUUUAGGAGAAGGAAG